AUGCCUAGUUGCUAUCAAAUUGUCACGAGGUCGACCGAGUGGAAUGCGCACAAUGCGGAUGGCAUGAUUUUGAAUGUUGAUGGAAGUAGUCUCGGUAAUCACGGCAUUUCAGGAUUUGGGGGUUUGCAUCGUAAGGAUGAUGGUGUUUGGUAUUGUUGCUUUGCUGGGAACAUUGGUUUUUCGAAUAUCUUGCAUGUAGAACUAUUGGCAAUAUAUCAUGGAUUGAGAAUAGCUUGGGAAUUUGGCUUGUUAGACCUGUUGUGUUAUUCAGAUUCUAAAUCGGCAAUCAAAUUGAUUAAGGAAUCGCGUUUCUCUCGAGAUUGGCGAGUGAAAGUAGUUCAUACUCUAAGAAAAGGUAAUGCAUGUGCAUAUUACCUUGUAAAGCUUGGGGCUAGUUCUUCUGAGGCGUAUCAAUCCUUUGCUGCACCGCCAGAUGGAAUCAUCAUCCUCCUAUUAGCUGAUGCAAGUAGGAUUUCUUUUUCUAGAUAG